CCCCCGCCAAUCACCGCCCGCGGCCGCGCGCAUAUAAGGGGCCUCCGGGCCGGCGUGUGCCCGACCCGCAGCCGCCGCCCCCAGCAGCGUGGAUGGUCACCAGGAGUCGCGUGCCAGCCCGGGGACUGACCGACGGACAGAAGCGCACAGCCACGCGCCCCCCGCGGGGAGCCCCCUUUUGGGAACCCCCAUCGCCCGCCAGCCCCUACUCAGGAACCCCCUUUCCAGGAACCCCCACCGCCCAGGAGCACCGAACCAGGAACCCCCAUUGCCCGGGAACCCCCAACCAGGACUCGACCUCCUGGGAACCCCCACCGCCCAGGAGCACAGAACCAGGAUCCCCCCCACCACCCAGGAAUUCCCAUCCAGGAACCUCACACGCCGACGACCCCCACCCAGGACCCCUCACCUCCUGGGAGCCCCUACCCAGGAGCCACACACGCCUGGAGAGCCCCACCGCGCGGGAGUCUCUCCUCCCCGCUGCGCUCCUCCCCGGGAGGCAUGUUCGUGCCCGCUGCGCCCCCUGCGCCCCCGAAGGAGCCUCCCGCACUGGCGCUGCUGGGCCCGGCCUCCCCCGCCGCCGCCCGGGGCCCGCGAGCCUCCAGCGCCGACGCCGCCGACCAGGAGGGGGGCCCGGGCGCGCGGGGGGCGCGGGGCGCGGGGUUCGAGCUGCGGCGGCGUCCCCCCAGGGCUCGGGCCGGGACCCGCGGUGCCAGGUCGGCGGAGAGCGCGCAGCGGCUGCGGAGGAGCCGGCGACUCAAGGCCAACCGGCGGGAGCGGCACCGCAUGCACACGCUCAACGCGGCGCUGGACGCGCUGCGGGCGGUGCUGCCCAGCCUGCCCGAGGACGCGCGCCUCACCAAGAUCGAGACGCUGCGCUUCGCCCACAACUACAUCUGGGCGCUCAGCGAGACUCUGCGCCUGGCGGGACACUGCGGCCGCGGGGGGUCGCUGCACCCCGACCCCGGGCCCGGCCCCGCGCCCAGCCCCGCGCCCAGCCCCGCGCCUUCGGGCUCCGCCUGCGCCUCCGCCUCGCCCUACAGCUGCACCUUCUCGCCCGCCAGCCCUGCCGGCUCCGACCUGGACUGCUGGCCGCCCCCCGUGCCCCCGCUGCCCGCGGCGGGGGGCUGCAUCUAGCGCGCGCCCGGACUCCGGACCUGGGGCCCCUGGAAUCCCGAACUGUUGGCAUCCUGGACUUCGCUCCUCCUGGACCCCCGGAUUCCGGACCCACGGCCCCCUGCGCCCCCAGAUCCCUAGAUCCCCGGACUUCGGACCCAUGGGCCACCGGACUUCUGGACACCCAAACUCUUGGGACCCUGGAUCCCUCCCUCCGGAUUUCACAUCUCCGCCCCCCCCCCACCCCCGAACUCCUGCACCUCCGGAUCGGACUGCCAGACUCUCGGACCACCAGGCCCCUGGACCCCCCUCCCCCCGGGCCUUCGGACCCCAGCCCAUCUCCCCGGGCGCCUCCACCCAGACGGAGCUUCUCGUGCCACCGAAGGGGUGCACUGUGCUUACUUUUGGGGGGCUCCCUCAGCUCGCAGGUGCAGGUAGAUAUGACUCUCUCCUGUUGGGGGGCAGAUCAGGCCCAGCGCCCCUUCCUCCCCGGGCCCUAGUGGGCUGGAGGUGCCACUGUCUGGUGAACCCCCCCAACCCACACACCCCCGAGGGCCGAGCAGAGCAGCGUCAGGCACCUGCGGGGACCCCGCCCCCCCCUUGGGCCGGGCCAGGCUGCGGGCGCUGGAACCUCACCUGUCAAACCAAACUUGCCCGCUGCUGACGUGCACUUUGUCCCCUUUCCUAGAUCUGCCAGAAACCCCUUGUCCUGCCCUCCCUCCCUCCUUUCUCUUCUCCCUUUUGCCAUCUGUCUCUUCGGAUUUCCAAGUUGGGGGGGGGGUGUCUCGCUUCUGUUCCGAGGGCCAGGUUAGAAGUCAUUGUAUAAUUUGUAGGCUUUUGUCAGGAAUGAAUGAAAGCGUGGAAAUUUCGGCUGAACUCAUCAUCAAAAGGGGGGAGGGGUGCGGAGAAGGGGUGGGGGGCUUCAUGCAUUAUUUAUCUCGACCUUUUAGGGGAGAAGGAACUCCCCCAAGUCUUUCAAGAGAUUAAUAAACCAACAGAGUGAAAAACCUAAGCGGACACGCUACAUUAUCCGGCUGAAUUACACACGUGUUCCCUCCUAUUUAUUAUAAAGGAACUUUUCCUGGGGAAAGUAUGUAUUUUUUUUGUAUAUGCUACAGAGUUUAUUCUAGUAUGUAUUCAAUAUUUACGUCUUGAAGAACGGUAAAGUUCA